UUUUUUAUCUUUGUAAGAUUUUUUUAGUUAAUGUAUCAUCUGGAGCUAAUUUUAACUAACCAAAUAUUAUCGAUCUUUACGCAAAUGAUAGCGAUAUCAUUUUCCGAUAACACGCGAUAAAAUUUGCGAUUUACACAAUCGUCACGAAUAAAUACGCAUAGGGAUCUCCGUAUCUAGAUAGUAUCGGAAUUCGAAUGCCCAAAAUUAUAUUAGAAACAGAAUAAUCUCAUUUACAAUGAGUUCAUUUUCCUUCGAACGUUAAGUGCAAUUUCGCGUUGCAAUUUUGCGACAUGCGAAAAGGAACUCACGUAUAUCUAUCGUCGCGACUAAAUUAAUAUAGAACGCAAUUCUCGCUAGAUAUCUUUUCGGAAACUGUCAGCUGUCAUCGGUCCCGCUCCCUGCCUAUCUCCUUGUACUAUCUCAUUCCCCGCGCCUCGUCGUCGUCGUCGUCGUCGUCGUCGCAGAGAAGACGACGGCAACUCACACGUAUGAAGGUAUCGCCGAUAAAGCGGCGCGGCGUGCAUCAUCAAUAUGGCGGCGAAUCUCGAGGAGGAGCAGAGUUUACGCGAGUGCGAGGAAUACGUUCAGCGACACAAUAUCCAGCAGGUUCUGAAAGACUGUAUAGUGCAACUGUGCGUCGGCCGGCCCGAGAACCCGAUCUCCUUCCUGCGGGAGUACUUCCAGAAGCUGGAAAGGGAACAAGCUCACGAUGCCAAGCAACAGAUCGCGACGAGUCCGGAGGAUACGGAGGACAUGCCCGCGGGCCAACAGGGCCCGCAGGUGCCGCGGCGACGAGGUGGAAUCUCGGCGGAGCCGGUCUCCGAAGAGGAUGCUACCAGUUACGUCAAGAAAGUCGUACCUAAAGACUAUAAAACUAUGGCUGCUCUAAGUAAGGCUAUCGCCAAGAACGUGCUUUUCGCGCACCUGGACGAAAACGAGCGCUCCGAUAUAUUCGACGCGAUGUUCCCCGUGACCUUCCUGCCCGGCGAGGCGAUUAUUCGUCAAGGCGACGAAGGUGACAACUUUUACGUGAUCGAUCAAGGGGAAGUUGAGAUAUUCGUUAAUGGUGAACUGGCAACGACGAUCGGCGAGGGUGGUAGCUUUGGCGAGCUCGCGUUAAUCUACGGAACUCCACGUGCCGCCACAGUUAGAGCGAAAACCGAUGUGAAGCUUUGGGGCAUCGACAGAGACUCUUACCGCAGAAUUCUCAUGGGUUCUACUAUAAGAAAACGAAAAAUGUACGAGGAGUUUCUCUCAAGAGUUUCAAUUUUAGAGUCAUUGGAUAAGUGGGAAAGGCUCACGGUAGCGGACGCUCUGGAGCCGGUAGCAUUCGAUGACGGCGAAACGAUAGUCCGACAGGGUGAGCCGGGAGAGGACUUUUAUAUAAUUGUUGAGGGAACUGCGGUGGUUCUUCAGCAACGCUCGGAAGGAGACGAACCCGCGGAGGUUGGCCGUUUAGGGCCAUCCGAUUAUUUUGGGGAAAUAGCACUGUUGCUGGACAGGCCACGAGCAGCGACCGUAGUUGCCAGGGGUCCGUUGAAAUGCGUGAAACUGGAUCGGGCACGGUUCGAGCGGGUCUUAGGCCCGUGCGCCGACAUUCUGAAACGCAACAUCACCCAGUAUAACAGUUUCGUGUCCCUUUCCGUAUAAACGGAUCCUCCGUCUCUCCCUCCCUCCUCCCACCCUUCCAUCCGAUCAUCGCAGUCAAUCGGUUCGCGCUACCGAUCAUCACUAACCUUUCAUUUCUACCAAGGACUGCAUUAUUUCACUGUACCGUAUAGUUAACACUUUUUUUUAUUUGAUUAAUAUUUAAGUGAAUUAAUGUGUUAUCGCGAUCAGCUAUCAAUCAGAUAUGUACACAAAGAUGGUAUCGUUUUAGAGAGACGCUAUUAAUAUAUUUACACCGUAAGGCUAUUUACACACUGUAUAGCUCGCGACUCGACGCCGACGCGCACGUGAAUUCAUAUUGGCGUUGAUCUCUUCCGCGCGAUCUGUUCCUACUUGUUACGUGCACGAGAAAUUAUUAAUCCGUUAACGCCCAGAAUUUUUUUUUAUAUGGCAUUGAGAACUUGGUUUUCAAAAGAAAAUUCGCGGUAAAACAACGGAGCCUUAUAUUAUUAAAAUAUUAUCGAAUAACGAUAGUAUGUAAUUAGAUUGUUCAAAUUGAAAAAACAUACUCGAUAUUUUGUCAGAAUGUGUCCCUUGAUAUCAGGUUACUCCGAGCGUUAACGGGUUAAUUCACGGUUAAUGACACGUUAUGUGCGUCUUGAAUAUAUUGUAGAGGUCUUUGAAAAUUGUGAGAUAAAAUGUAACGACGUGAUUUAUAACCGUAUUUCCCAAUACGAGGCUACAAUUUGCAUCAAAGAUGCAGACACGGUUUAUGUUCGCAUCAUUACACGAAUAGAAUAAAAUCACGUAUCGAAUUACGUUAAAUUAUUUGAAAAGUAUUUACGAUUUCUAUUAGAAGCGUCAGAAGCGAACAAUUGUAUAAAUUGCCCCCAUUUUACAUGUAAUCAAUAGAAUGGACUAGUAAAAAUAUAUCGAAUUUUUUUUCUUUUUGAAAUUCUAUAUUUAUAAGUAAUGUUUCUUUCUGCUAAUUCUGAAUCUUGAGCGAAAGCGAAUUUUGCGACAAUCGAUUGAAAUUCACAGCUUUUAAUUUUAAGGGUCGAAAGGUCUUCAGUGAAUUUUACAAGUCCACUCUGUUAAAUACAUAAUAUCGAGAAUAAUAUAUUCCUUCGAUACAUCACAUCAUAGACAUAAGAUGUCUAUGCAUCACAUGUAUGAGUCACAUGUUCGCUUCCAAUGUUGUAAUGUAACGAUAUAGCUGCAGUGAGAGGAGCCGUAAUAUUAUCUAAUGAUUAGAAGAUAGACAUUGAAAAAAAUGACGUUUUCUCGUUUACUGUUUUAUAUAUACUUUAAAUGUUCUAUGUUGUCUCUCUCUCUCUUCUCGUGUGAAUUGUUAAAUUAUUUAACAUUUAAAUUAUUUUAUUGAUCGAUGGCGGUUAUAAUUAGCAACGACAGUGUGAAUGUCGGUCGCGAUAUGCAAUUGCUUUGACGCAAUAUGAAAGACUAAGAUAUUUAUUAUUAGCGAAGCGAAGUGAACAAAACGAGUCGCAAUUUAUGUCUCCUCUAAAAGUGCGCUAGGUUUAUAGUACAAUGCGACAUAAAUGAGGAGUAUAACGUCAGAAAAUUAAAUAAUUUAUUAUGCACAA